AUGAGCUAUCCAGACGUGAAGCAAUCGACCUUCAAUGACCUGAACAUGGCCAAUGGUCUGUUUGGAACUCUUCCUCAAAAGACAGCUCCAAUAAUACCUGACCACUGUGUCGACAAUACUCGACUUGUACCUUCUUCGUCUCAUUCUAACGCUCAAAAGAUAGACUGGGAGCAUGCUUACACCAAAGAUAUGCUCGAAAAAGCUGCAAAGAACGAGUGUAGCUUACUUAAUAUGUCUAUGACGGAUGGAAAAUGUCGAUUAUCUGGCCCAAGGCCGUCUAUGACGCUUUGGGAUGAGAGACCUUAUGAUGGAUUAGACCUUCCACAAAAAUCGAGCAUUUCAUCUAAAGAAGAAAGCAAAGUCUUUUUUCGAUCAAAAGAACCCGAGUUUGUGCCAGAAGUGCAGAACAGAAACAAGGGGAAAAUGCAACCAAGCUCUCAGAACAUCUCCCACCAGCCACACCGCAUUACAUUCACAAAUAGUCAAGCCUGUGAAACCAAUCGAAUACACAGAAUGCACGAUACUGUUCGUCCACCACCAAUUAACACAUCUGCAAUUGUUUACGGGGCUCUCAUUUCCGUGGUUGCUCAAGAGUUUCAACAAAGAAUCAUUCAAGGCGAUCGUGUCAAAAAUGGAAUUGAAUACAAGAACGCAUUCGAUGGAAAGGAAGCCGUCGACAAACUAGCUUUAAUCCUCAAUACAACCGAUCGACGAUUGGCCCUAGGUAUCGGUCGGGCCUUGGGUGCCCAACGGUUUUUUCAUGAUGUCAAUUAUGAGAGUCGCCUAGUAGAUUCAACAUUAGAGAUUUAUCAAUUUGAUGAUUACGUACUACACUAUGCCAACAAAACAGAUGGUCAUAUAAGUGGUAAUGGCUCCGUGAUAACUUCCCCUGGUACAAUGACAACUGCAAGCAGUAUAUUUAGCGAAAGCCUUCGAGACGAUGAGUCCGUUACAAUUUUUCAUGAUGCUCAAAUGGACCUCGAAACCACAGAGUUCCCGACAGGCGUUUUUACCGGACUUACACACUGUUUUGUACCUACGUGUGAUCUUAACCAGACGAAUAACAAUCGUCAUUACAGUGUGGAUACCCCACUCACGAUCUCAACUACCCACAAAUACUUGCAAACCGAGGCACAGCAAUUAUGGACUGACAAUGUGUCGCCAGAUAUUCGUGCCUCUGUUUCAAAUAGCGAACGUAAACGCCAGGAGACUAUCUUUGAAUUAAUUUACACAGAAGAAAAUUUCUCUAGUGAUUUGGAUUAUAUGAAUGAGUUGUGGAUAGAACCUUUGCGUGACGGAAACGUUAUUCCAGCCUCUCGUCGCGACACCUUCAUCGAUAAGGUGUUCUCGAAUUUACUCUCAAUUCGGAAUAUCAGUCGAAAGCUUGUCAAUGUGCUUCUGGAACGACAAAAUGAGUACCCCAUUGUUUCACAGAUCGGCGACAUCAUGCUAAAGUUCGCAGUGGACUUUGAACCUUUUAUUUACUAUGGAGCGAGACAGCAUGAAGCGAAAUUCGUGUUCGAACAGGAACGCUACAUCAAUCCAGCCCUGAGAAUCUUUGCAGAAACAACAGAGCGCAACCCAUCAUCUAAGAAACUCGAGUUAAACGGUUAUCUUACCAAACCUACUACUCGUUUGGGCAGAUAUACUCUUUUAUUAAAUGAAAUUUUGAAACAUACUCCAGAAGGCCACCCUGAUCGAAUACAAAUACCAAAUGCUGUAGAUACCAUUCGACAGUUUCUCGGGCGUGUGAAUGUAGAAACCGGAAAAGCAAAAAAUAAAUUUGAUCUCGAACGAAUACAUAAGCACCUUACAUUUAAAAACAAAGCCGACGCAAUGGAUUUAAAAUUGCUUGAAGAGGAUCGGCACAUCAUCAAACAAGGCGUACUUCGCAAGACGAGCAAUCUAGAGUCUACAGAAUACCAGGCAAUUCUACUCGAUAACUAUUUGGUGAUUUCAAAAAUAAAGAUAGUACAUGGCCGCGAAUGCCAUAUUGUCCGCAAACGACCGAUCCCAUUGGAACUUCUCGAAGUAUCAGUACCUCAAUCGUGUGCUCUUACACAUAGAAGCGGCAGUAUACUAUCCUAUAUUCCAACUGUCGAAUCACAGAGAUCCUCUGCUGUUAUCGGAAGUUUGAGGCUGGCCGGAAACACUUCUAUAACUGCUAGCAGAAUAGGGCACCCGAUUGUAUUUAAACGUAUGGGUCGCAGAAUGUCCGAGACAUUUACCCUUUACGCACCUUCCGUAGCCACUCGAAAACCUUGGUUAGAGCAUAUCCAAUCACAACGAGAAAUAAAAAAUCAGAGACAGCCUGUAUUUGAUAUACAUCCUAUCAUUCCGGAACGAACGUUCUAUGUCAACUCCAAGAUCAACCACAUUGUCACUUUUAAAAAUGGGCAGUUUUAUGUUCUUGCUACAGACAAUGGUGUCUACCUUGGACGUGUAGUGAGUCAGAGCCCACCCCGCCAAGUAUUAAAUCUAGAAAGGGUUACUCAAGUUAACGUUCUCGAGAGUGAUAAAUUAUUGAUGGUGCUGGCAGACAAAGUAUUAUGGGAAUAUCCUUUGGCAGUACUAAGUGAUACAUCCAAAGUACAAUUACCGGGUCUCAAAUUAGAGACCCAAGUUCCUUUUUUUCAUGUUGGAUACUGCCUCGAUAAAACAUUAAUUUGCGUACCUCAAGUAUCUCCGCUAAGCACGACCAUUACUCUUUAUGAACCAUCAAGUUCACCGGAAAAGAAGUCUGGGUCCUUUCUUGGUAUAUUCGGGAAAACAAAAAAAGUUUCAGUAAAAACACGACUGAGGAUAUUCAGGAAGACCUAUGUUCCAAGUGAAGCCUGGGCUUUGGAAUUGACCCCUAAUAAUCUAUUAAUUACCUGCAAACGUGGAAUUGUCAUAGUUGAUAUGCAUACAAACAAGAUCGAUUGUGAGUUUCGUUCUCCCGUUUUUAAUAUUUUCUCUUUCGUUUCUGGUACUGAUUAUAAUCCUCAUGCACUAGAUUUACUUGAUCCAAAUGAUAAAAACUUAAAUUUUAUUACAUCAAGAGAAAAAGAUGAAUCACGGUUAAAUAUCGGUAUAGAUGUAAAGCAUAUAUCUCUUUUUUGCAAUCAUUUAAAAGAAUAUAUUGUAUGCUACGACGAAUAUGCUUUUUAUAUCGAUAAGAAGGGUAGGCGCAAAUAUCCAAAUUUCUUGAUCGAGUGGGAGGGGACACCCGAUACAUUUGCAUACUCAUAUCCAUAUUUGAUCGCAUUCGAGCCUUCAUUUAUUGAAAUACGCAACAUAAUUACGGGCAAUCUUGAACAAAUUAUCCGAGGAAAAAACUUUCUCUGUCUGAGCAAUGGUCAUAAAACCGAAGUACCUUUUAUUUUUGGUGUAAUGACCGAUCCUGUAAAAGAUGCUUAUCAUUCUAUAUUCCAGUUAAAACUGGUAUCAGAGGACAAAACUCCUCCUCUGUUGUAAACAUUAUUAAGCCAUCCCUCCUUAUAUUUAUACCCUUUGUUACUUUUUCUUCUUCUUUAUUAAUUACAUGCUUUUAUUUUUACCGAUAUAUAGCCGGAACUCAAUAUACUAUUUCAAUCACUAUAUCAACUGCCAUUCAUUCUAUACAAACCCACCUCUAUCAAUACUCUAAGUUAUAUGUGCUAUUAGUAAACUGUACCCGUUCUAACUGAUAUCUUUUAUAUAUUUCUUUAUAUUCAAUUUUAUGUACAACACAAAUAUCAUCUCACUUUAUUUUUAUUUCUUUAUUUCUUUUUUAUUAUUAGUGUGCGCACAUAUAUAUAUAUAUAUGUACUUGUUCCCUUUGGUGUAUGUAUAAAUAUUACUUUUAACAGUG